AUGUUGUCAUCUCACAGUGUAUCUGGCAAUUAAUUUCAAAACGAUAAAAAAAAAUCAAUUUAAUUUGUUAUAUCUAUUUGACCAUGAACAUAGCAGCCAAGGUAGGAUUAUUUUUUUUAUUUAAUAUUAUACUCUUUAAAUAUGGAAUCAAUGCGGAUGUUCUUGAAAUUCCAAGAAAUAUUGUGGAACCAAUCCAAAAUAUUUUAGAAAUAUUUGAAAAUUGGAUAGAAGAAAACAAAAGAACAGAAAUCAAUGACAUUUUCAUAGUGUAUUUUAAAGAACUCGGUAAGCGAAUCGCACAAAUAUUAAGUUUGCCAUCCAAUAACAAUAUUUGGUGGUUAUGGGAGCUUAGUAUACUUUCAAAUUCAAUUUAUAUAUUUAAUCAGCCUCUAGGAAAAUUGGAAGAAAAUGAUACAGAUUUAAGAAUUUCUAAUAAAACAUAUAGAAUUAUUGUAGCGAUCAGAUUAAUUAAAGACCAAAUAAAAAAUUACCUCAAAAAAGAUAAAAAGAAAAAAGGGUUAUUAGAAUUUUUGUCAUGUACUAUAACAGAUGAUAAAAAACAGCCAGUUAAAUCGAUUGAUGACAUUGGCUCAAAAUUGGAAAGCCUCGAUGAGGCUAUUCAAGGAAAAUUCGGAGAAAUAGAAGAAGAUAAAGUCCAUUUUUAUACACCACAAAAUCUAUUUUUCUUUGAUAUCAUUUUGAAUGAAGAUUCUAUACAGACACUUUUUACAAAUUGUUUACCUUUUAAAUGGAAGAAUUACAAAAAAGAUUUAAAACAAUUAUACUUUCGCGCUAUGAGUGUGUUGGUUGAUGAAAAAGAAACGUAUUUAGAACUAAUUACCUAUAGAGAAUAUUUAUUUUAUGCUGUAAAAAUAUCAUUUUAUGCUCGUAUAAAACAUCUCAUGACAAUCUAUAUUGGUUAUGCGACUAAAAAUGAUAAGCAGAAUAUUAAAUAUUGGGAUGAUCUGUGGAGAUUAACCACACAAUUAGUAAAAGAUUUUAUAAAAUUUUUUCAUUUUGAUGAUGAUAAAAAUUUAAUUGAAAUUUAUAACUAUUUUAGUGGCUCUAAUUUAUUUUCAAUUGAAACCAAAGAAAGAAACAUUUACGACUUAUCAAAUGGUCAUUUAUCCAAAAAAACUGAUUUGUAUUUUGCACAUUUUCCAAAUUUAAAUAGUUUUUUUAAGUUAGAAAUGAAUGAUUUACUAAUAUCGCUAAAUACAAGUUUUAGUGAACUAAAAAUUCAUUUGAAUAAUAUAAAAAAUGUAUUUGAAAAAUUUGACUUAAAAAUUGCUGAGGUAUUUUACAAUACAAUUCCCAAUAAAGUCACAUUUGUAUAGUGGUAAUUUUGAAAUAUUAGUAAUCAUCAUUUUUA